AUGGAUAAGGAGAAAGAUCAAGAAGUUAAUUGGCUUGAAGCUCAGAAGAUAGAGAUAAGCGUUGACUUACUUGCUGCAGCCAAGCAGCAGCUUCAGUUCCUUGAAACUGUUGAUAGGCAUCGAUGGCUCUACCAAGGCCCUGCUCUUGAAAGAGCCGUCUACAGGUACAAUGCUUGUUGGCUUCCAUUGCUAGCUAAAUACUCUGAGGCUGAGUCAUUAGUUAGUGAAGGGCCUUUGGUCCCUCCUCUUGACUGUGAAUGGAUUUGGCAUUGUCACAGGCUUAAUCCGGUUAGGUUUAAGUCUGACUGUGAGCAACUUUACGGGAGAGUUGUGGACAAUUCCGGCGUCGUAUCUUCCGUUAACGGAAACUCCAAACUAAAAACUAAAGCUUUAUGGAAGAACUUGUAUCCGGAGGAACCUUAUGAUCUAGACUUGAAUAAGGACGUCUCUGAAAGAUCAUCUGAGAAACACACCAAAUAUGAUCUUGUCUCAGCUGCUAAGAGGCAAAGCGCGUUUUACUACCAGGUUUCAAGAUCUUAUGUGAGCAACGAAGUUUUUCUACAAGAAGCUGUUGCUAGAUACAAAGGGUUUCUCUAUCUGUGCAUCAAGAAGAACAGUUGUGCUCCGACUGUUGACGUUGACCUCAUCUGGCACACGCAUCUGCUUCACCCUUAA